AAUCUCCACUUCUUCAGGUUUCCUCUUCAUAAAACCACACCCAAAAAAUAAGAAAAUGUCCAAUAAUAUUAGUUCUAAGAAAGAUAUGGAUCGGGUUAAAGGUCCAUGGAGCCCCGAAGAAGAUGAGCUUUUACAACACCUUGUUCAAAAACAUGGGCCACGCAAUUGGUCACUUAUCAGCAAAUCAAUUCCAGGUAGAUCCGGCAAAUCUUGCCGGUUACGUUGGUGUAAUCAGUUAUCACCACAAGUAGAACAUCGGGCUUUUACAGCUGAAGAAGAUGAGACUAUUAUUCGGGCCCAUGCUCGCUUUGGUAACAAAUGGGCCACAAUAGCCCGACUUCUUAAUGGACGGACAGAUAACGCCAUUAAGAAUCACUGGAAUUCAACUUUAAAGAGGAAAUGCUCUUCUUUAAGUGCUGAUGAAGGUAACGAACUUGCCGAUCAAAUAUUUCAGAAUCAACAGCCACCGUUAAAGAGAUCUGUUAGCGCUGGAUCUGCUAUGCCUGUUUCGGGUUUCCAUUUCAGUCCAGGUAGCCCCUCGGGUUCGGAUAGUGAUUCAGGUAGCCUCCACGUGUCAUCGUCAUCGCAAUCUCAUGUUUUUAAACCUGUUGCUAGAACUGGUGGUGUUUUUCCACCGUCGAUUGAUAUCACAUCUCCACCGUCGAUUGAUCCGCCGACUUCUCUUAGCCUUUCGCUACCUGGAAUCGACUCGGCGGAGUUAUCGAAUCGCUCGGCUGAGUCUACUCAGUCGAGAAAUCCGUUUCAGUUGCCGCCAACGCCGCCGCCGCCGCCACCGCAGGAAGACAAGGUUUUCGUGCCGUUUAGUCAGGAGUUGUUGGGAGUUAUGCAAGAGAUGAUAAAGACGGAGGUGAGGAACUACAUGAUGGGAGUUGAACAACAGCCUCAUCAGCAGCAGCAGCAACAACAACAGUUUCAGUUUCAGCAGCAAAACCAUCAAUUGCCAAGUGGAUUAGGGCUAGGAUUGUGUAUGCAACAAGCUACUGAUGGGUUCAGGGAUAGUAGAGCUGCUAAUAAUCGCAUGGGAAUAAGCAAAAUCGAUUAGGGAUAUGAGAGGAGAAAGAAACUGUCUUUGUUUCAUUCUCUCUUUUUCUUUUUAGGGCAGAGGUUUUCUUUAAGCUUCAAAAGAACAAAUAGUUUUGGGGUGUUGUACAGGGCGAGGGGGAGAGUAUAAAGCCAAGUUCCAGUGAUGGCAGAAAUGCAAAGGCUGGAACUAAUAAGAAAAAAAUACCAAAAAGAUUAAAAAAAAAAAAAAGAAAGAAGUUUUUUUAAUUUAUAUUCAGGCAGAUUAGAAACCAAGAAAAACUAGCUAUAAGUAAAUAUUAUGUUUUGAGAAGACCUACUGCUCAAGGAAAACGAAAAUGAAAUCUGAUGGGAAGGAUUUGAAUGAAGCAAAGUUCUUAACUU